AUGGCGAUUGGGUGCAGUGGGUUCGAAUCCUCCUCAAGAUUGUAUCUGAUUUUGUAUUUUGUAGAUUGUAUACCAUGUACAGAAGAUCUAUUCCAAUGUGAUAACUGUCGAUGUAUCUCUAAAAGUUGGCUCUGUGACCACAACAAUGACUGCGGAGAUAACUCAGAUGAGGCCCAUAACUGCUCAAGAUAUAACUGUAGACCAGGAGAAUGGGCGUGUCCCCACAAUGGAAAGUGUAUCUCUAUUUAUAAUGUCUGUGAUAAUAAGAGAGAUUGUGAUAAAGAUGAAGAUGAAGUUAUGUCUUGCAGUUGGAUUAAUUGCGGUGUAUUGUCAUGUGAUAAUAAAUGUCGAUCAACGCCAUCUGGUGGAGUUUGUCAUUGUAAUGUAGGAUAUCAUAUCACCCCGGAUAAUAAUAGAACCUGUGUAGAUUUUAAUGAAUGUGGACAAUGGGGAUACUGUGAUCAGGGAUGUCAGAAUAAAGUUGGGUCGUUCGAGUGUCAAUGUACUGAUGGUUAUACGCUGGUUGGUAUCCGAACAUGCCGAGCUCAAAACAGUGAUGAUAUGAGGCUGUAUAUUAUCGAUGAAGGGAAUUUAUUAUCCAUGGAUAAAUCUGGAGAUAUCACACAGAAAUUGUCGCUUUCUGAUACGCAGGAUAUCGAAUUGGAUUUACGAAAUAAUCAGAUGUUUUGGGUCAACAAAUCGAAGAUAUAUCGAGCUAGUAUUGACAAUUGGACGGAAAAACAACUUCUACCAAUCAAAGGUCUGAUUAAUCCGACACAGAUUCUCUAUGAUUGGGUGGGAUAUAAUCUCUACUAUCUGGACGAGGAAGCCAUUAGAAUUGAUAUGUAUUCGCUGAGUUCCAAAUUACAGAGAAAUAUCAUUUCGGACAAUAUUCGAACACCAAAAUCUUUCACCAUCGACCCCAUUCAUGGGUAUAUGUUUUUUGUGGAUGUUGGACGUAAAUCAAAGAGAAAUUCAGCUAAAAUCGAAAGAGCGUUUAUGGACGGAAGUCAUCGACUAGAUUUAAAAUUAAAUAAGUUAUUAUUACCAGUUAGUAUUACAGUUGAUAUUAUCAACGAAAGAAUCUUCUGGGUGGAUUCUCAUCUCGAUCAUAUUGAAACCGUCAACUAUCAUGGACUAGAUAGGAGAACUAUUCUAUCUGGUGGUAUCCAAGUUCCGUCAGCGCUGUCAUUGGCUGUAUUCGAGGACUAUGUUUAUUGGACGGAUGCUACGAAGAAAGGCGUAUUGAAAGUGAAUAUGUACGGAGGGGACCCUGAACAGAUAUAUGAAACGCGGGGCAAUAUUGUGGGCUCUAUUAAAGUUUCUCAUAUAAACAAACAACCCGAACCAGAGAAAUACCCAUGUAAAGAUAAUAUCUGUCAACAGAUCUGUAUAAUAUCUCACACGACGGAUAACUCUGGACUGGGAUAUCGAUGUUUGUGUGGGGCAGGGUACCAGCUUGCGGAUGAUUCCAUCAACUGCACAAAGAUCGAUAAAUUUAUAUUAUUUGCCUCAAUGCAUGCCGUACGAGGAAUUCCUGUAGAAGAAUCAGACACGUAUUCCGUGGAUGCCAUACAACCAAUCAUCGGACCAAGUCGAGGCCGUAAUGGCCGAAACUACGUAGCAGUUGACUAUAUAGCUGAAAAUGAAACCGUAUUUUUUUCUGAUGUUCGAAAUCUUGUUAUUUAUCAAGGAAAGUUAGGUGAUUCAGAUCCAGUCCCACUAGUUGUUAACAGUAUUAGAACGGUAGAAGGUCUGUCAGUAGACUGGAUGUCCAAGAAUUUGUAUUUUACCGAUUACGCUCAGAGAACAGUGUCUGUGGUCCGAAUCGAACAGCCUGGAGACAGACGUGACAUCAUCAAAGACUUGGGAAAUCCCAGAUCUAUUGUUGUCAACCCCUUAAAAGGGUAG